AUGAUUGAACCAGACGAUGGUGAACAUGCAGUACUUCAGCUCAACAUGGGAGAAGGCAAGACUUCCGUCAUUACACCUAUGGUGGCUACAGUUUUAGCAAACGGCCAUGAUCUUCUCAGAAUAAUCGUCCUGAAACCUCUCUUGAGACAAAGUGAUGGGCUUCUUUCUCAGCGCCUCGGGGGCCUGAUACAGCGCCGCAUUUACCACAUCCCGUUCUCGCGACACACUCAACUUACUUCCAGUACAAUCGGACAGCUCAAGUCCAUAUAUCGAGAAUGCCGCCGUGAUAGGGGUAUUCUGAUUGCUCUACCUGAACAGAUACUCUCCUUCAGGCUCAUUGGGCUAGAUGCCGCGGAGAGAAGCCCCGAUAUUUUUUCACCAUUGAUAGCUCUCGAGCAUUGGCUACAAAGACAAUGCCGGGAUGUUAUUGAUGAGAGUGAUGAAGUUAUGGAUACCAAGUUUCAGCUGGUUUACACCAUGGGCACGCAGCAAUCUCUCGAUGGGCUAAGUGGUCGCUGGGAGACAACGCAGCAUUUGCUGAGCCUGGUCUCCACACAAGCAAAAUGCCUUCAGCAGGAUGACCCAGGAUGUAUAGAGGUUGACCGGUCAGGUUACCGCUAUCCUAUUCUGCGAUUCCUAAAGCCAUAUGCCGUCGAACGCCUCAUCAGUUACACUCUUAAGUCGAUCGCAGAAAACGGAAUUCCCGGUUUACCCUUUACUCAGUGGACCCUAAGGGUGAAAGGCAGCGCGCUGAGAUUCAUCCAGCAAUCUGACCUGACCGAUGAGGAUCAAUCCAUCAUCCAGCAAGAGUUCAAUGGGAGUAUCUUUAUCACCAAGCUUCUUGUUUUACGAGGGCUUUUCGCUCAUCGCAUCCUGAGAUUCUCGCUUGCCGAUAAACGUUGGUUAGUCGAAUACGGCCUUCACCCUUCCCGGUGUUUGAUGGCUGUACCAUACCGUGCGAAGGGUGUCCCAUCUGAGAGUGCAGAAUUCGGACAUCCUGAUGUGGCAGUGACAUUGACUUGCCUAAGUUACUAUUACGAGGGACUGACAAAGGACCAAUUGAGAGACUGCUUUAUCCUUUUGGCUAAGCAGAACGACCCCUCGACAGAGUUCCAGAACUGGGUGGCGCUGUGCGUCCAAGAUCUGCCCGUUGGUUUGCAGGCAUACUCAGGCGUCAACCUGGAGGACGAUAAGACCUUCAGUGAAAUAUUGUUCCCUCUCCUCCGAUACCAGAAAGACAUUCUUGACUUUUACCUAUCUCACUUCGUUUUCUCCAGAGAAGCAAAGGAGUUCCCGCGGAAGCUCUCGUCAUCCGCGUGGGAUAUUCCUGCACGGCGGGGCCUUCAAUUGACGACAGGUUUCAGCGGUACGAACGAUAACCGGUUUCUCCUGCCUUUUUCAGUUAGUCAACGUGACCUUGGUGAACUUCUUCACACCAAUGCCAUGGUACUUGGUUUGUUGCUACGAGAAGAGAACAGGAAAUGUAUUUUGGCACAGGACGAGAAAGGCCACCAGCUAGAUGUUGAUGGGCUCUUGAAGCUCGUAGCCGGGAUUGGUGGAGGCUCGACCACGGUACAUCCCGUGCGAGUUUUGAUUGAUGUUGGCGCCCAAAUCUUGGAGGCCGGCAACCAGUCGGUCACCCAGCAAUGGCUCGCUAUGACCCCCGAGGCAGAUGUUGAGGCGGCAAUCUUCUUCAGCCACAGUGAUGAAAUUAUGGUUAUUGACCGGGAGGGCCACGUUGAGACUCUCUUUUCAUCUUCAUUCCGACAACGCAUGGGCGCUUGCUUAGUGUUCCUUGAUCAACAGCACUCGCGUGGCGUAGAUUUGAAGUUACCCCCUAUGACGCGAGCCGCGGUCACUCUAGGGCCCAGACUGACCAAGGAUAGACUUGUGCAAGCAUGCAACCGCCUUCGUGGCCUUGAAAAGUGCCAAUCACUUCUCUUUCUAAUCCCGCCGGAGGUCAGCCACAAUAUGAGGUCUGUCUUAGGAAUAUCAUCCGAUAGAGACUUCACUUCGGCAGACGUGUUAAAAUGGUCUAUGAUUCAAACAUGUCAGUCUCUGGACAAUCUACGACCCCUCUGGGCAAACCAGGGGCUACAGUACCAUGAAAGGAUCGAGCUCUGGGACUCACUUGUGCAACAAUCCGACCCUUCCAAGGAAACAGCGAUUUCUAUACAGGAGCCCGAAGCACGGACGCUAUCCCAGCUCUACGCACCUUGGGAUAAGGAUAAAGCGAGCGUGAAAGGCCGCUUGUCUGAAUGCGGUGUCGAGAACGGCCAAGUUCAGGAGUUGUUGAAAACGUUGCAGUCAACUUCAGGAAACAUCACAACUUCUGCCUACCUUCAUGAAGAACAAGAGAGGGAAAUUGCAUGCGAGGUGGAGCGGGAACAACAGGUUUCUCGACCCCCAUCAUACAAGCCUAACAAACACAACCUGCAUGACGAUGUCCGGCAUUUCGCCACAUUCGGCGAGUUUCCAGGCAAUCACCCAUCCAAGGCUGUCACAUUAGCAUUCCAAGGUCUGGCGAACACAUCUGCUGGAAAGGCGGAUCAUCCAAGACUGCUGGCACCUAGACUGUAUUCCACUUUGGACUUCAACCAAACUGUGAAAGAACCUCAGAAUAAUCUCAUGGACGAUUUCUGCAAGCCGGUGAAUUGGAUUUUGUCCAGCGUCCACAGCGACAUUCUCCUUAUCGUGAGUCAGUACGAAGCCAAUGAACUAGUCAACGUCGUUCGCAAAUCAAAGAAUUCAAGACUCAACAUCUACGCCCCACGGCUAACAAAGCCCAUGCGGUCAUUCCGCUAUCUCGAUUUCUUUGGCAUUGGCGCGAAUAUUCCAGCACAGCCUAACGAUUCCAUGACCCGGUGUCUGGAGCUGUUUUCUGGAAGCCUUUACUUUAGCUCAUUCGAAGAGUACAAGAAUUUCCGUUGGUUUUUGGGUCUUAUUACGGAUUAUCUUGGUGAGCUUCCAGAUGGCAGCAUGACCAAUGAAGGAUUCGUCAAGUUCUUUACUCGUAUGAGCCUUCAAUGGCCUCUUGACUCACCCUUUACCGAAAGUCCCCUCCCAUUCCUCAGUGCCCUGAUUCAUAUCCGGACUAAAGGUAAUGGAUAUCAACAAUCCCACGUUGGUACAAUCAUCAAAGCUAUGCCAUUGAGCGCUGAGCGAUUUUGA